AUGGUCCGUUACGCUGCUCAGGACAUUCCGGCCGCAAAGAGCGCCCGCGCCCGGGGCUCUUACCUGCGUGUCAGCUUCAAGAACACCCGUGAGACCGCCCAGGCCAUCAACGGCAUGAAGCUGCAGCGCGCCCUUACCUUCCUCGAGAACGUCAAGACCAAGACCGAGGUCGUUCCCUUCCGGCGGUACGCUGGCAGCAUUGGUCGCUCCGCUCAGGGCAAGCAGUGGGGUGUCAGCAAGGCUCGCUGGCCCGUCAAGUCCGCUCAGUUCCUCCUCGACCUCCUGAAGAACGCUGAGGCCAACGCCGACACCAAGGGUCUCGACACCGGCAACCUUGUUGUCAAGCACAUCCAGGUCAACCAGGCUCCCAAGGGCCGGAGACGCACCUACCGUGCUCACGGUCGUAUCAACCCCUACAUGACCAACCCCUGCCACAUCGAGCUCAUCCUUACCGAGGGUGAGGAGACCGUCCAGAAGGCCCAAGUUGCCAAGCGCGAGGGUGCCCACCUCAGCUCCCGCCAGCGUGGUACUCAGAUCCGCCGUGCCCUCAUUGAGGCGUAA